AUGGUCUACCGCCAGCCCGUGGAGCUGCCAGACUGGGCCGAGUGCUUCGCGGACGCCUCGCUGCCCAUCCACCUGGACAUUGGUUGCGCGCGCGGCAAGUACCUGAUGGAUGUGGCGGCGUCUCAAGCGGGUGAGCGGAACUUCGUCGGCGUCGAGAUCCGUCGCAAUGUGCUGCAGGAGGCGGAGCGCGAGGCCGAGCGUCGCGAGCUCAAGAACUUGGCCUUCGUGCACGCCAACAUGAACAUCCACCAGGCCACUCUGCUGCAGUCGCUGCCUGCCCCCGUGGAGAGUGUGUCCAUCUUCCACCCGGAUCCGUGGAUGAAGAAGCGCCACAUCAAGCGGCGACUGGUGACCGACGAGUUCGUGGAGGAGAUGGCCAAGCUCGUGCCCAACGGCACCCCUAUCUACGUGCAGACGGACGUGGAGGAGCUGUUCGCGUACAUGGUGGAGAUUUUCGAGUUGUCGAGGCUAUACGACUUUGACGCUCUGCAUGAAAAUCCGUUUGGAAUCCCCACGGACAGGGAGAAGUUCGUCUUCAACGAAGGUGGCGACAUCUACCGGGUCAAGUUCAUCGUAGAUAAGCCGGAGGAGGAUGCAAAGGAUAAAGAGGUAUCGACAUCACCAGAAGCGUGA